AUGAACAGUUGCUUUGCUCCUGCUAAGUUUUUAAGGCGGCACUCGAAAGAGGUUUGGAAACCAUCCUCACUCAUCCAUCCAGCGCGCUCCAAUCAGCCUCCCUUGCGGAACUGCCCCCCUCUCCCAGGGCCUCCUUCCCGGUCCAGGAGUCCCUCUUCCCGCCUCAAACUUCCCGCAGACCCGCCCCGCGCCCUCCCAGGCUCGCCCGAGCCGCCGCCCCCUCCCCCUCCCGCCGCUCCCCACGUGCUGGGAGCCCGGGUCGCGGCAGGACCCACCCACCGGCUAAGUGCUAGCCAUUCGCGGGUCUCCUCUCGCGGCCCGGUCGGCACCAAGCUGAAGAGGCCGGGGCAGGGCCGCCGGGCCGGCGCAAGGAUGCGUUCUGCGGCCCCGGCCUGUACUCGCCGCUCACACGCCCCCUGCGCGCCGGGCCCGUACACCGCCACCGGCACUCACAGAGCCACCCGGCCUUCGCCCGGCCGCUGGGCCGCCGCCUGGGCACCACGCCGCGCCCGCCCUCCGCCCGGCCGGUUCCUGUCCUCUCUGCCACAUCCUGACCCGCCCGCCGCCCCCUUUCUUACCGGCGGGCUUGGCGGGGCGGAGGGAGCCGACUCGGGUGGACGGCCUCCCCCGCGCCCAGGCCCGGGAUCUCCGCCGCCGAGUCCUAGGGCUCCGGCGUCUCGGGAUGGAGUCUUGCCCUGUUGCCCAGGCUGGAGUGCUGUGGCUUGAUAUUGGCCGUCUACAACCUCCGUCUCCUGGGUUCAAGUGAUUCUCCUGCCUCAGCCUCCCAAGUAGCUGGGAUUACAGGAAUGGCAUCUUUCUUGCCACUCAGUUCUGGUAGAGAUUGAAUAUCUGACCAUGGGACAUCAAAUAACCAGGCAAUCUGAGAUGAGUGUCAUGAACUGGAUGUAUAUGAUCCCCAAAGCUCUAAAGUUGGACAUCAACAGCAAAACCCCAUUAUAAAGUGAUAGUGGUGUGAGAUUGAGCUCAAAGAGAUACUGAAUAUGUGAUUUGCAUGAAUUGAGGUUUAGACUCUCAUGACAUCUACUGUUAUUGCAUUGCUGCCUGUCCUUCAACUCACACUUCUGACCUCAUGGGGGUUCCCCCUGACUGAGGAAGAAAAAAAUUCAGGCCUGGUUUACAUAUGAUUCUGAGUGAUUUGCUGACACAGAUGAAGUGAAUUGAUGCAUAAUUAUGGCCCAACUCAGAGGUGGUCUGGAACGAUAGUAAGGAAACGAAAUACUUCUACUGAGCAGGACUUCAAGCAGUAUAUCCGUCUGCUUGCCCACUCCGCCUGGAAGGAGAGAUGGCCAAAACUAUGGAUCAUAUUAACAGUGGCUAGUGAUUGUCACUGGAAAUUCAAUGACUUGAAAGAUACACAAUUGGAGGAAUGAAGAUAAGGAGAUCUGGGCAAAAGGUAUUUAUUUGUAUGUGCCCCCAGAAUAAGCACAGAAUAUGAGUAUUUGUCUCAUGUGAAUUCCUACCAAAGGUCACUGACUGAAGAGUCUUGCGGUUACCAGCUAGACAAGAAGACCCAUUGUAUGCAUAGCAUUCAGCUUCUAGCUUCAUCUACAAGUGCUUCAUCAAGGGCUUAUGAACAAAGUGGCCUUGACAGCAGGAAUGGAGAUUACACAUGGGUUCAACAACAUGAACUUACUGUCAUCAAGGCUGAUCUGAUUAAUGCCACUGCUGAGUGCUUGCCUGGCCAGUAGCCUAGCUGAGCCUCUGAAAGAGCAGGAUUCCCCGGGGAGACCAGUUACCAAUCUGGUGGCAGGUUGAUUUUCUUGAAUAUACUGUCACUUUGGAUAAA